GCCCCCGCGCGCCGGCGCACCGCCCGCUAGAAGCCGAGGGCGGGACGUGGGCGCGGCAGAGCUGUAGCGGCGGCGGCGCGGACUGAAUGCGACUUCUCGGCAUGGCUCGCCUGGAGCUCGGUCUGGUGAGCUGUGCCUUCUUUCUGGCAGUCAGUGGUCUGUAUUCCUCUAGUGAUGAUGUCAUCGAGUUAACACCAUCAAAUUUCAACAGAGAAGUCAUUCAGAGCAAUAGCCUGUGGCUUGUAGAGUUUUAUGCUCCAUGGUGUGGUCAUUGCCAGAGGUUAACACCAGAAUGGAAAAAAGCAGCCACCGCAUUGAAAGAUGUUGUCAAAGUUGGUGCAGUGGACGCAGAUAAGCAUCAGUCCCUGGGCGGUCAGUACGGUGUCCAGGGAUUUCCUACCAUCAAGAUAUUUGGAGCGAACAAAAACAAACCAGAAGAUUAUCAAGGUGGCAGAACUGGGGAAGCCAUCGUGGACGCUGCCCUCAGUGCUUUGCGCCAGCUCGUGAAGGAUCGCCUUGGUGGGCGGAGCGGUGGGUACAGUUCUGGAAAACAGGGCAGGGGCGACAGUUCAAGUAAGAAAGACGUGAUAGAGCUGACGGAUGACACCUUUGAUAAGAAUGUCCUUGACAGUGAAGAUGUUUGGAUGGUUGAGUUUUAUGCUCCAUGGUGCGGACAUUGCAAAAACCUGGAGCCAGAGUGGGCGGCCGCAGCCACAGAAGUGAAGGAGCAAACGAAGGGGAAGGUGAAGCUGGCAGCUGUGGAUGCCACCGUGAAUCAGGUUCUAGCCGGCCGAUACGGGAUUAGAGGAUUCCCUACAAUCAAGAUAUUUCAGAAAGGCGAGUCUCCUGCAGACUAUGAUGGUGGGCGGACAAGAUCAGACAUAGUGUCAAGGGCCCUCGAUUUGUUCUCGGAUAAUGCCCCGCCUCCAGAGCUGCUCGAGAUAAUCAACGAAGACGUUGCCAAGAAGACAUGUGAGGAGCAUCAGCUCUGUGUCGUGGCCGUGCUGCCCCACAUCCUGGACACCGGGGCUGCGGGCAGAAACUCUUACUUGGAAGUUCUUCUGAAACUGGCUGACAAAUACAAGAAGAAAAUGUGGGGGUGGCUGUGGACAGAAGCUGGAGCUCAGUAUGAACUGGAGAACGCACUGGGGAUCGGAGGGUUUGGGUACCCUGCUAUGGCAGCCAUCAACGCACGCAAAAUGAAGUUUGCUCUUCUCAAAGGGUCUUUCAGUGAACAAGGCAUUAAUGAAUUUCUCAGGGAACUGUCUUUCGGACGUGGCUCCACAGCACCUGUGGGAGGUGGUUCCUUUCCUACCAUCACUGCCAGAGAGCCCUGGGAUGGGAAAGAUGGUGAGCUUCCUGUGGAGGAUGACAUUGACCUGAGCGACGUGGAGCUGGACGAGCUGGAGAAGGAUGAGCUGUGAGCCGCAGCCUGCAGACUUCUUGCUUGGGAGCAGGCAGCUUUCCAGCAGAGAUGGCUCUGCUCGGCGUCUGCUGUUGGCCUUUCCGAGCAGCACUUGCCAGCCCUGGAAACACUGCAACAGUGAACCUCAGCGUCUCAAGAAAACACUGAAGAAUUCUAUGAAUUGUAGCCAUGAAUUGGAUUGUAUUCUUUGGCAUAUUUUGAAGAAAACUGGGCUGUUGAAACAUUUUCCCCUCCUCCUGACUGCUGCUUGACUGUUCUUGGAGGCUGUUUCUUAUGUAUAGGGUUUUUAAAUGUGAUUCCUUUGUUUGAAUAUUAAUGGCUUUUUCCAUUAAAGAAUAAAAUGAUAUUUUGGACAAUGCU